AUGAGUAGUACACCUUUUGCUAAUUAUGUAAAUACACAAAGUAAUAAAGAUAAACAAAAUAACGAGACUACUAACAAAUUUAGCAAUACAUACAUUAUAAAUGACAAACCACAAAAUAAUUACAAACCCUAUAAUAAUGCUAACAAUUGUGUAGGUAUGGAAACUGACACAAAAUAUAAAUUAUAUAAAGAUAUAUAUUAUGAGCCUAAAGAUUAUUAUAUAGAAAAAAAUGUAUUGGUAAAUAAUAAUUGCAUAAAUGAAAAUACAAUGAAUACCACUACUUAUGAUUCAAACUUAAUAAACCAUGAAAAUGGACAUCCUAAUAAUAAAUCUUCGAACUUUUGUGAAGUAAUGCCACAUGGGUAUGUUUAUACUCAUGUUAAUUCAGAAACACAAAUAAAUGAAAAUCAAACAAAUGAAAUGAAUCAUCUUACACUAGAUAAACAUAAUAGGGAUAGUGUAGAUACACAAUCUGAAAAUAGUAUAAGCAAUCUUAGUACUGAUCAUAAUAAAAUAAAUAUGGGCAUGGAUAUACUAACACCAGAUUUUGGACAACUUGAUAUAAAACAUAUGCAAAAGUUUGGAACUCCAAACAAAUAUACUUCAAUAAAUUAUAACAACAAUCAAAUGGGCCAAGUAAAACAAUAUAAUAAUAAUCCCAUGGGAAAUAAAAACGAACUAACAGAUUCAAAAAAAAACUUACCAAAUAAUAAUAUGCAACAAUUAUAUAAUAAUCCAGAGUAUUUAAAUUAUAGAAAAAAUAUUCCUAUAGAUAAUGAGUAUAAUAAAAAAAAUUUCAAUUACUAUGACAUAAAUAAUAAUAGAUUUUUUUCAAAUGAAAAUAAUAUAAAAAACAAAUUUGAUACAUACUAUAAUGAAAUGUAUUAUGCCGAAAAUUUAAAAGAUGAUAAUAUUAAUUUUGAAAAUAAAAAUAAUGUAAAUAUAAAUAAUAUACCAAGAGGAAAUAUAAAUCAUUCAAUUAUAGAUGCAUCUGGAAUCAAUACAAUGAGAUCUUCAAAAAAUUUACCUUCAAAUAUAUCAACAAAUAUAGACACUAGACAUAUAAAUUAUAUAAACGAUAUAGAUAGAACAAAUAAUUUACAAUCAAGUUUAUUGAGGAAUUAUUAUUAUAAUAUGUAUGAAGAGGAUGAUUCAUGGGAUCUUCAAACGGGUCGAAAUACCCCGACUACAUCUCAACCUCCUAUCAAUAUUUCUCAUCAUUUUUAUAGUGCACCAAAUAGUAGUAGAAAUAGUAGUACACACAAUAAUAGCUAUCCAAACAGCCAUGCUAACAGUAGUAGUAUUAAUAUAUAUUCUACAGACUCUUCAGGAAUUGGACCAAACAGUAAUAUCGAAAAUGAUACAACAAAUAUCUAUUUCUCUGAUCAAAAUAUGAUAUAUAAUAAUCCUUUAUAUUUAAAUAUGAAUAAUCAUAUGACUAAUUCCCAUGAAUAUCGAACCGAUAUUAAUUUAGAACAUGUUUAUAAUACUCCUGAUACUCAAAAAGAACUAAAUAUAGAUACACCAGAAAAUAAAAGAGGUAGUAUGGGUUCUAGUGGACGAAGAGGCGGUAGAGGAAGAAGAGCUAGAGGCUGUAGAAGAGAAAGAUCGGGUUCUGUAUCUGUUUCUACAACUGAUAUUACAACCGUUACUACUUCGGGAGGAAGAGGCAGAGCUAGAACAUCUACAAGUGCUAAUAAAACAGGAAGAACUAGUAGAUCGAGAAUUGCAACAAGAGGCCAAAGAGGUAGUGGAAGAUCUGGUAGAACUGAAAGAAACAAUACAUUAGAUGAAAUAUCUAAAAAUGAAAAAUCAGAAGAAAAUUCUUUAAAUAAUUUAAAUGAUAUAAGAAUAAGUAGUAGCAAUAAUUUUAAUAUGGCAGAUGCAGAUGGAAUAGUACCUGAUUUAGUAGGUUCUAAUGAAGAAGAUACUGUAAUUUUAGAUGAAUAUACAUCUAUUAUUAAUUUAUCUAAUAGUACAAGUUUUAUCGAUUUAAAUGUUAAUGGAAACAAUAUAAAUACAAUAGAUAAUACAAUGAUUAAUAAAUGUGAUAAUUAUGAAGAUCUACAAACAAAAAGUUGUUACAAUUAUUUCAGCUUCUAUAAUAUGUCAUAUAUAUAUGCUAAAGGGAAUAGUCAAUGGUAUAAUUUCAAUUCUAGUAUUAGAAAAAAUUAUAUAAUAUUUAAAAAUAAUUAUUAUAAAAAAAAGAAAUUAUGGUGUAAAUAUAAUGGAAAAAGAAUUUAUGCAUAUUUAUUAAAAGCUAAUCAAACUCAAGAUAGUAUUUUAUAUACAAAGAAUGAAUCAUUUGACUAUACUUAUAAUACACAAAAUAAAAUACCAUUUAGUAAUGAAAAUAUUUCUAUAAGUAUUAAUAAAUGCAAUAAUGAUAUAACUUUUUGUGACAUUCACAAUGGAGAUUUAUCACUAGAAAUGGAUAAGAACAAUUCAAAUGAACUUAUAUAUUCAACUCCACGAAUUAAAAAUAAUAAAUUGCCAAACAAAAUUAACCAACUAGGAUUUUAUCUUAAAGAUGGUACUACAAAAAUUUAUGUCUCUCAAAAAUAUUACAUAUCUAAUAAUUGUAAUGACAAUAAAGAAAUAAAUCCAUACCUUGAAAAUGAAAAUAAAUCAGAUGAUGAUUGUGUAUAUAAACAAAGCUUUAAAAAAAAAUUGAAAAAAAAGAAAAAGAAAACUUUUAAUAUAUGUAAUGAAGAUCACCAUUUUUGCAAAUAUUUAAGUGAUGACGAUAUUACUUAUGAAAACUAUUUCAAUUACUUUUAUGAAAGUGGCCACACUACUACUCCCAUUACUGCAUUGACUUACUUCCUUUACUUCAAAACGGCCAAUAAAAAGAAAUUACGCCAAAAAGCAACAUCUAUGAACCCAAAAAAUGAGUUUAAUUAUGACGGGUUCUUAAAUUCUCUUCAUACAAAAAAUGAUACAAUUAACGAAGAGACCAUCAAUGGAUAUGAAUCUAAAAACACAAUUGCUUCCUUAUUAGAUGAAGAAGAAAAAGAGAUUAAAGAUGUAUAUUCAGAAAAUGAAUUAAAUUAUGCUGAAGAUCAUAUAUCAUAUAAAGAAGAUAAAUUCAAUAUUCUAGAUUAUGUAGAUGUAGAUGAUCCCAUUUCAUUCGAUACAAAUCAUAUAUUUUUAACAUGCUGUGAAAAUUUACUAAUAAAUAAAAAGAUUAAAACAGAUUAUCUAAAUUAUUUUAUAGAAUAUUUUUUCAAUAUAAAUAAUAAUUAUGAUGAUAGUUCAGUUUAUUAUAGUAUUCCUAAAAUAAAAGUAGAUAAAUGUAAUAGUAUUACUAAUAUAAAAGGGGAACCUAAUGAAGAAAAUAUUUCCGAUUCUAAUGAUAUAAAUAAUGUUACAAUAAAAUCUGAAAAUCCUUCAGAAAAUAAAAAAAGUGGCGGAUUUUUUUUUAAUACCAACUUCUUUUUUUCAAAAAAAAAUGAAACAGAAAAAAAAGGAGAUAAAUUUUUAUCACGAUUAUUUAGUAGAAAAAAAAAUGAUAAUACGGAACAAAAUGAAAUACAUAACUUAAUAGAUAAUCAAAACACAACAGAAAUUAACAAUAUGCAACAAUCUAAUCUCGAAAAAAAUGAAGAAAAUAUCAUAAAAGAAAAAAAAGAAUUAAAUAAUAAUGAAAAUAAUCAUUUAUUGAAAAAUAUAUUACCAAAUGAUGGAACUUUGAAUUAUCAAAAUAUGGAAAGAAAAUAUACUUAUGAAUAUAAUAAUAUGAACGGCAAGGUGGAAAAAAUUAAUGAUAAAACACUUUCGCUAACUACUGAUACUAAUAUGGAACAAACAAAUGAAUCAGCAAAUGUAGAUCAAGAUGAAAUAGUUGUAUAUGGAAAUAAUGGAUAUGAUUAUUUUGUUCCCAAUAAAAAUAUACACAUUCCUAACUAUAACUACAAUUUAAAUAAUAACAAUAAUUACUACAAUGGUGUAAAUACAUGUGAUCAUAAUAAUUAUGAACACGGCAAUAAUAAUUAUGAACAUGAUCAUAAUAAUUAUGACAAUAAUAACCAAUUUAAAAGACAAAAAAAAAUGCAAGGCGAUGAUGAACAAAUAAAAAUAAAAAAAAGAAGAAGAAGAAGAGGUACCUUUAAUAUAAAUAAUCCUGAAAUAAUGAAAUAUCAUGAAGAUAAUGAUCCAAAUAAUGUAAUGCAUAAACAUCUCAAACAACCUAAAAAUGCAAAUGAUACUUCUCAAUUACAUUUUAAUGAAAUAAAAAAUAUGCUAAAAGAUUUAACAAUAUUACAAAGUGGACCAAAUUGGAAAACAUAUAAAAUGGAUGAUUUACCAAAAGAAUUAUUUAAAAAUAUUCGUCCAAUAAAUCAAAGAGUUACCGGAUUUAAAACGGUUUUAUUAGUAGAUGAUUUAUUUGAAAAAUUAUGGGAAUUUCCAAAUACUGAUAUAAUUAAAGUUAGAACUGUUACUCGAGGAGAUCAAUUCAUAGGAGAUAUAAGAAUAGAUUUUUAUUAUAAACAAAGUGAACGAACUUUAUGUCGUGCUUGUGGACGUCAUAUAUUGAAGCAAAAAUUUGCCACCGAACACUACCAAAGGAAUAUAUAUUGCUGGAAAGAAGUCAUGUGGCGAAUUGGAAUCCCCGAGUUGUACUACUACAACACCGUUCGUACCGAACCUUAUACCCCUCGAAUAGAAGUAGAAAAUAAUGAUAAGCAAGCCAUGCUUGAAAAAACCCUAUUUAUGUAUAACCAAGAUUUAAUUAAAAAAGCAACAGAUUUUGUGAACAAAGAAUUGAAAUAUUAUGAAGACAAUGUAGUGAGCAAACAAACAAAAACAGCCAAAAAAAAUUGUUUAGAAUUAGAUAUAUUAAUAUUAGAGGAUAAUAAUAUUAUACUACCAACUAUGAAAAAUGAAAUGGAUGAACCAUAUUUUGAAAUAUCAGGUAUAUAUCCAAAUAAUGGUUUUCCUGAUGAAAAUACUUCAAAAAAUUUCUGUUAUAUAAAAAUAGCGUUUAAUAAAUUGGGAGGUAUGGUUUUAAGAGAUUUGUUUACCCUUGAAUGUGAAUUUUUGGUUGAUUGGGGAGACAACUUAUUGAUUCAAGCAAAAAAAUAUACUCUUCAUGAAGCAUUUAAUAAUCCUAAUUUGUAUGAUGUUAACUUAAGAAAUUUAUAUGAUCAAGGUUUUGCAUAUUUACGAUGUAAUAUACCUCAAAAAAGUAAUAAAAGAAUUAAUUUAAAAGUGAGAAUUCCUAAAACUGUUUGGCACUAUUGGGAAGCUAUAGCUGACAAUUCCUUUAAAAUUAAUUACGAAUUUCUGGAUAAACAAAAUGCACAUAAACAGUUAUUAUUUUAUUUAUAUAUGGAUAACAUGAAUAAAAAUGGAGCACCAACACUUGGCCCACCAUCAACCUCAACUAUGCCCCUAGAAAAUGGAAGGCACAUUACAAAUACAGAAAAUGAAAAUAAUAGUAUUGAACAAAAUAAAAUCAAUGAAAAUCGUGGUGAAAACAAUCGUACUGAGGAAAAACAUACUGAAGAACCUAAUGGCGAAGAAAGUAUGACCAAUCUAAAUAAACAACAACCUCAACCUAUAAUAAAUAAUCAUUGUAAUAUUGAUAAUGUUAUUCCAUCGGGUCUUUUAAAAAAAGAUGACAUUAUGAAUGGAUCAGAAGCUGGUACAUCUACAUCAGGAACAUCUAUCCCGCUAGUCCGUCCUGGAUCUAUACAAUAUAUUGAUAAUAAUAAUAAUAAAAAUAAUAUGUUUACUCCUACUAAUAGUCCCACGACUGGGAUUGUAGGAAAUACACAAAUAGAUUAUAUGCAUAAUAAAAUGCUAACAUAUAACAAUUUUAAUGGAUCAAAAAACACAGAAAAAUAUUCCAAUUUUAAUAAAAGAAUGUCAUAUAAUAAUAAUCCUGCAAAACCAUACACAAACCUUGAUAACAAUAUGGUUACUACUUUGCCAUAUAAACAUUUUUAA